AUGGAUCACGGAAAAAACAUCAGUAAGGUCCGACUUUUUAGAUCUAAAAUAUUUUUUUUCUAGAAGUUCUGGUGACGGGUGCGUCUGGUUAUGUGGCUACUCAUUGUGUGAAACAACUCCUCGAGCAGACAUAUUCGGUCCGAGGAACUGUCCGAUCUCUGAAGAACGAGAAGAAAAUCAAGCCGAUAAGGGAUAUUGCUAAUCAAAGCACUUUACUGGAACUAGUCGAAGCCGACCUCGAGCAACCAACAGGAUGGGAUGAGUAAAAUUCUUAACUUAUUUGCUAAAAAUGAUCAAUUGAUGUUAUUUUAGGGUUGUCGAAGGAUGUGACUAUGUUCUUCAUGUGGCAAGCCCAUUCCCGUUAGAAGAUGACAAGAGUGUAAUCGAAACGGCUGUAAAUGGCACAUUGAAUGUGCUGAGGGCUUGUGCCAACAGUUCUUCCGUCAAGAAGGUAGUGCUGACUAGUUCUUGCGCAGCUGUAAAUGAAGGUCAUGAAGAUGAAGAUCGGGUGUUCGAUGAGAACGAUUGGACCAUAACAACCAGCAACAAGGUCCAAUCAUAUGCCAUCUCCAAGACAGAAGCUGAGUUAGCCGCAUGGGACUUUGUGAAGAAGAACAGUAAGUAAUAACGUUUUAGCCAAUCAAUGGAGGUAUUACAGACAAAAAUCAGUUCAAAUUGACUGUAAUGAACCCGACAUUCGUAGUGGGACCCGUUUUGAUGGAUACUGCUGGGUCCAGUAUUACUGUAAGUUUGUAGUCUGUUAAGUAAUACGGUGUCCAGACAAUCAAAAAGUUUCUCAACAACGAAGUCCCGGCAAUCCCACCUCUUGAAAUGGGGAUGGUUGAUGUCCGGGAUGUGGCCCAGGGACAUAUUUUGGCCAUGCAGAAGCCAGAAACAGAUGGGCAAAGAAUUCUGAUUACCUCUCAACCUAGUACCACCUUUGGUCAGAUGGUCAAGUACAUUCACAAGGAAUUUAGAAGUCAAGGCUACAGAACUCCAUGCCUUCCCGCUCCUUAUAUACUCGUGUGGCUAUGGUCUUUCAUCGACAAGGAAGCCGCUGCGUCCCUUCCUCGGCUAAACAGGAAGGUUCAGUUCGACAACUCCAAGGUAAAAGAUAUUUUGUUUGCAAGAAUUUGUGAUUGCUAACAUUAAUCCGGCGUAAUUUAAAUGUCUAAACGGGUUAGGAAACGCGCUAGACUAACGUGUAUUACUCUACUAUAUCAUCACCCUUUUUAGUCUCGAAAACUGCUUGGAUUGGAAUAUCGUAAUAUUGAAACUGCGAUCGUGGAAAUGUGCUACAGUUUAAUCGAACGAGGAAUUGUUGGAAAAAGAAGCGGAUACAGACCACAAAGUUGUGAUAAUAAAUAA